ACGUUGAAUAUAGACGAAUAUAAUAUUUUUGACAGUACGUGGUUUUAAGGUUAUCUCGAUAUCAAAAAGCAAAUAUAAACCACUUUGUUAUUAGUCAGUUUCUUAUUAAUAAAAUCGUAUUGUGAAUUGUUAUAUGAAACUGUCAUUAUUUCUUCAACAGAUGGCAAUUAUUAAAAAAUGAUGAUAUAUGUGUUUUGAUCAAGAAAUUAAUAAUUAAUUUCCUGUAACAAUGUAGAAAUACAUAUUUGUGAAGUCAUUGUGUUGUUUUGAAUCAUAAUAUAGAUAUAUUUGCAUCAACAAAUACAAAAAUGGCACUUAUCAACAUUGAAGGAAUUGAUCCUUGGCUCAUAGAAUAUGAUGCGUGUGAAAAAUUGUUUCGUGAGAUUAUGGAACAGCUCACUAUGCGUGAUGGAGAACCAAAGACGUCAAAGGCUUAUGGUAGUUUGUCAGCCAAUAUAAGAUUACGUAUGAAGCAGUAUACGCGGGAAGUUCAGCAAUUAAAGAACAAAGUAGAAGAAGCUUCUAAAUUGAGAACAAUAACAUUUGAGGAAGCUGAACGUAGGACAAGACAAGUGGAACAAUUACAGAGCAAGGAUAUUCAGUUACAAAAAUUAUAUGAGCCACGUACAAAUGAUUAUGUAUCGUCGCGCGCUAAUCUAUUAAGAACAAACUCAUCAGCUUUCGCUGAUGGUGGCACAACCUCUUGGGCUGCUGACGAUGACGACGACAAACCAUUAGACGUACAAGUAUCUGUUACUGAUCUUAUGACUCAGCAAGAGCGAGUAUUGAUGGAACAAGAUAAAGGUUUGGAAGAGUUAUGUAAGGUGAUAGUUCGGCAAAAAGAAAUUGGUCAAACUAUUAGCAAUGAAGUGGAUCACCAAAACGAAGUAAUCGAUGAUCUGGCUGAUCACAUGGAUAGGACUGAUGAAUCUUUAAUCAACAAAACUCAACAGGUUCGUAAUAUAAGUUCCAAAGACCGAACAUGUUGUUAUUGGGUAAUAAUACUUAUACUUUUCAUUGCUAUUGUUGUUAUCUCUUUAUAUACAUAUUGAUUAUGUUACUUCAAUCUUCUUUUAUAAAUUGCCUCUAUCUAAAAUAAUCAUGCUAAAAUAUUUAUAAAUUAAGUAUAUAAGAAAGUAAGAACGUAAUAUAUUAUAACUUCUUAUCCGUUUAUCUAAGAUUAUUUAAUAUGAUUUAUUGAAUUAGUAUAAUCAUAUAUAAAUAAUAAGAUGUGUAAAUAAGAAAAAUAUUAAUUUUUAUCAUUUAUUAAUAUUGCAAAUUUGUUUUAUAAGUAUAUCAUUCAAUGUCUAUUUUUAUAUAUAUUGAGAUACUGUUAUAUUAAUUAUAUGUAAAAUUUUAUCUAAUUAAAAUAUAUUUAGUUAGUUAAGAAUAGUAUUAAUUGUCUAUAAGAAUAAAUAUCUAUUCUUAAAGAUAAAUAAGAAGAGUUGUAAGAAGAGUUGAUAUAUUGGAAAUGGGAAAUAAAAGGGUUGAUAUAAUUAG